CACCGCCAUUUCACUUCUCUGCCGUCGAUGCGUUGGUGGUUACGCUUGUGUCCGUGUCAUUUUAUUGUGUGAUGUGAUUCUGUUCGUUUGGCAUAAUAUCUACUAACUCUAUUGUGACCAAGGACCAUGGCUUCUUCGAUGCCUGAAAUUGGAAGUAAAAUCAGCCUUAUAUCGAAAGCCGAUAUCAGAUAUGAGGGCAAACUAUUUACGGUGGACCCAAAUGAAUGUACAAUCGCACUAUCCCAUGUGCGCUCAUUUGGAACUGAGGACCGCCAGACCCAGUAUCCAGUCCCGGCUCAAAGCCAGGUCUACGAAUACAUCUUAUUCCGCGGUUCUGACAUUAAGGACAUCAGCAUUGUCAAUACUCAGCAGUUACCCAAUGAUCCUGCAAUUGUAUCUGGUAUGGCUCCAAGCAUGCCGAGCAACUACCCAGGGCACAGCUACUCGCACCACCCUGUGAUGUCGGCACCGAUGGCCCCGCCGCAGUAUCCCAACUACAUGGCGCCGGGCAUGGGACGGUCGUUGAGCAAGCAGGCAAUGUCGAGUGAGUUGGUCAACGUUAACCCUCAGGAGACUGUGCCAGGACAUACAGUUCCUGUCCCAGUCCAGGUCCACGCUCCUCCUGUCAUCCCCAUUGUCAAAGAGCCCACCACUGUGUCUGUUCUAGAGCUACUGGGAGGCUCCCGGUCUUCGACGCCGUCCUUGUCCCGUAAGUCCCCCACCAUAGACCAGGCAGUGCAGGUGUCACCACACAAGGACAAGAAACCCAUUCAGCCAGCCGCCAGCACCUCGAGAAGGAAAUUAUCAGGAAACGUACCAGCGGAGGGAUUUCCGAGGGCCGAGGGAUGGACAAAACACAACAUGCGAGACAAUGAAUAUAGAGGUCAGAGGGAUGGACAAAACAACAUGCGAGACAACGAGUACAGAGGCCAGAGGGAACGAGACGGUGACUACAGAGUACAAAGAGAUCAAGACAAUCGGAGAGAUGGGCUUUUACGAGCCAUCCACAGCAGCAACAAACAGAGACAAGGGCAGGGCAUGAACCGAGGAGGCUGGGUCAAUCGUGGCAGAGGAGGCGCUGGUCCUAGCAUUCGCAGCAGAGGUCGAGGUGGCCCUGGUGGCAACUUCAACAGAGCGCCAGGCUCAGGUCCACAGAACCAGCCACAGCAGAACAAUACAGCAGCUGUUAAGAAGAAUACUCUUAAGUUUGAUGAAGAGUACGACUUUGACAAGGCCAACUCAGAGUUUGAAGAGCUCAGAAGUAAAACUGCUAAACUGAAGAUUAGUGGAGAGGGAGAAGCUGCAGCACCCAAGGUUAAUGGAGAAGACAAGAAGGACGACUCUGGAAACGAGACCGGACUGGGAGAGGGAGAACCAGAGGAGGACCCAGAACAUGAGCAUGUUGUCUACUACGAUAAGACCAAGAGCUUCUUUUGGACAACAUUAGCUGUGAGGCAGUCGAGAGGAGCAAAGGACGAUCUCAGAGAACCGACCUGGAGGACGGAGCGGAAGCUGAACUCUGAAACUUUUGGAGGUUUUCAUCAGCUCGAAGGGGAGGCUACCGGGGUCGUGGAGGGUACUAUGGAGGCCGAGGCAUGUACCCGGAGGCUAUCGGGGUUACAACAUGCGAGGCCAGACCAACCGAACCCUCAGUCCAGACCUCCCCCAACAACACAACAAACCAGAACUCCUCCUG